UCACAUUUUCAUAGCCAUAAGUCCAUAACAAAUACUCUUCAUUUCUCCAAUUGAAAUUUCAGUUACGAUUAGUUUUCCCUUUUUUAUUUUCUCUCUCUCUCGUUUCUUUUUCAUUUUCUUGGUUUAUUUUCUUUCUUUCCCUCUCAAUUUUCCCUCACUUUAUCGCGCUUUCUCUCUGUCCAAACACCUUCCCCUUCUCCGUUUCUCUGCGGCAGAUGGAGAUGCCAAUGGAGGAUUCGCGCUCCUGUGAAGUUCUCUCACUGCUCCUCGACGCCUUCCUCAGACACGCUCGAUCUCCGCAAUUACCUAACACUUCUUCUAUACGUGCCAGGCAACGAAUAUCUGGUUUUACGACGCCGUUUUGAAAAGGUUCUUCCUCCUCUUCGAUUUAGCUGUUUUACUCUCCUCGCUUUUUCAGUGUUCGUCUUUUGUUCUUCGCUGUUUAGCUCGAAAUUCCUGGAAUUAGGAUAGUUGACUUGCGGCUUCUUGCCAUGCGUUUCGAAUUCUUGCUGUUAGUGUUGGUCAAUGCUUGUGCGGGAGCUGAAUUUUAGUCAAAUUUCCUAUCGAUUGAAACUGUUGUCACUAUGAAAAAUCUUCUGUCUUGCUGUUGUGGAAAUUGGAAUCCCUAGGAUUUGGAGCUGAGCUAGCAAGAGUUUUUGUCGAAUCUUGAUCUGGAAGAAGCGUUAGAAGCAUGUGUUUUUUGUAAUUUCGGAGCAAUUCUCGUUGUAUCUGAGUGUUUGUGGUGGUUCUUGAAGUCUGUGGUGUUGAAUCUUUGGUUUAGUUGCUUUUGGAGGAAAUUCGAAAUGAGAGGGAAGAAAAAAGGGCUUUCGAAGGCUACUGUUGCUGAGCUGAAAGAACAAUUGGCAAAGAAAAUACUGAGAAAUGUUAGAGCCCAAGGGCAUCCCUACGUUGAGCUACGUAAGCUUGGAAAGAAGAACAACAUUUUUUUCUGCAUUCUGUGUCUUAAGACGUGUUUCACUGAUGAUGUUCUGUAUCAACAUUUGAGAGGCAAUUUGCAUACGCUGAGACUGUCUACUGCUAAGAUCACUCUUCUGAAACCAAAUCCCUGGCCUUUUAAUGAUGGUCUUGUUUUCUUUCAUAAUUCAAGUGAAACGGAUAAAGACUUGGAAACAACAGAUGCUAGUCGGAUAAAGCUGUUGAAGCUUACAGACAUUGACAGUGACAAGGAUCUCUCUCUUGUGAAGAUUGAUGAACCCAUUCAGUCAGAUGUUCAACCAAGUUCAGCUGAUGAUACACUGGAUGAUGGUCAUACUUUGGUGAUUCGGAAGUUGCAAAUUGGGGACGAAAAUGUUGAUAUAAAGGUCAGGAAUAUAGGCUGGGGAAAGAUUGCUGCCAGGUUCCUUGAGAAGGAUCAUCGGGUCAGCGGGGUUAGAAGAAUAUGGUGUGAAUGGUUAGGACAAGAGAAGAAUGUUGAACAAGAUUAUGGCAAGGUUACAAAGCAUGAUUUUGCUCUUGUUAUUUUCUCCUAUAAUGGUGACUUGGGGCGGAUUUUUGAAGAAGACAAGUCAUCUCUGCCAUCUGCUAGUAUGUCAGAGUCAGAAAGUGAGAGAGAUGGUGGCCGAAAGAGAAAGAAAAUAUCGUCAUCUGCUAGUGUGUCAGACUCAGAAAGUGAGGGAGAUGGAGGCCGAAAGAGAAAGAAAAGAUCACAUGAUUCAUCUACAGAAACCUCAAAGGAUUCCACCACAAGAUUGCCUAUUGAUCAAAAUGACAAGCAGCUUCUUGCUCAAAUAAUUUCGAGCAAGGCUGCAAGAAAAGAAUUGAGACGGCGAAAACGGAUAGCAGCAGAGAAACUAUGUAAUGUAUGUCAUCAAAAAAUGUUUCCUGGUAAAGAUGUAGCAGCACUUCUGAAUUUGGAGACUGGAAAACUAGCAUGCAGUACUCGGAAUAAGAUUGGGUUAUUUCAUGUGUUUCAUGCGUCCUGCAUUAUACACUGGAUACUCAUGUGUGAAUCUAUCAUAAUAAAAAAUCGACUAGUACUUCCAACUAGACGAGUAGCAAAGAAGAAGGCUGUAGUUAGCGAUAACCAAACUGUGAAAAGAGAUGACCCUGAAAAACGAAUUAAAUGUGUAUUCUGCCCAGAGUGCCAGGGUACUGGUAUGGCUACCACUGAUGUUGAUGAGCAUAGCCUUGAGCGUACACCCUUUACAUUGGAUGAGAAAUUCAAGUUCCAAAUGCUGACAGUUCAUGGACGCCUGAAUUGGAUAAAAAAUCCUGAAGUGGUGCAGAAUUGCUCAAUUGGUCUUGACUUCCCUCCAUCGGAGGAGGUAUUUCAGGAAAAAGUUGAAUCCAUAAAAUUGCUGCCUUUUUAUCGUGCUGAUCUUGAGUGUGGUGACGGUGCUCAGAGUGGGGCAUAGGAUUUUUGCUUUACCCUGGAAUUGAUUCUCACAUAACAAUUAGAUAAUCUUUUUAUAUAUUGCCGUCUGUUAAUAAUUGUAAGAACUAUGAGUAAUUGUGUAGCUUUUCAGGUUAAGGUAGGUUUGCCAGAUUUGGAUAUAUAAACCUCGUAGAUUAAAGACCUGAUUGAGCAUUGGGAUUGUACAUUGAUGACAUACGUUUACAAUGUAAGUAGUACAUAAUUCGAAAAGUAAA